UUAAAUAUCCGCUCCCUUACUGGCGUCAGUACUCAAGAGGCCCUUCCUGGUUUUCGUCUUCUCGCCGAUCGGUCUAGAUUUCUAGGGUUCAUCACCGGCGAGAGGCGAGCAGAAGCGAUGAGGGAGAUCAUAAGUAUUCACAUCGGUCAGGCCGGGAUCCAGGUCGGGAAUGCCUGCUGGGAACUCUACUGCCUUGAACACGGCAUCCAGCCCGAUGGCAUAAUGGCCAGUGAUUCUACUGUAGGAGUGGCCUGCGACGCCUUCAAUACCUUCUUCAGUGAAACUGGUGCUGGGAAGCAUGUGCCAAGGGCCAUCUUUGUGGAUCUGGAGCCGACUGUCAUUGACGAAGUUAGAUCUGGAGCUUAUCGCCAACUCUUCCAUCCGGAACAACUCAUCUCUGGGAAGGAGGAUGCAGCUAAUAACUUUGCCAGGGGCCACUACACAGUGGGAAAGGAAAUUGUUGACCUCUGCCUUGAUCGUGUCAGGAAACUAGCUGACAACUGCACUGGGUUGCAAGGGUUUUUAGUCUUCAAUGCUGUUGGUGGCGGUACCGGAUCUGGUUUGGGUUCCUUGCUUUUGGAAAGGCUAUCUGUGGAUUAUGGCAAGAAGUCAAAGCUGGGUUUCACAAUCUACCCCUCUCCUCAGGUAUCUACAGCAGUUGUGGAACCGUAUAACAGUGUCCUUUCCACACACUCUCUUCUUGAGCACACCGAUGUUGCAAUUCUUUUGGACAAUGAGGCAAUCUAUGAUAUCUGCAGAAGAUCUCUGGAUAUUGAGCGUCCAACUUAUACCAACUUGAACAGAUUGAUUUCUCAGGUCAUAUCUUCUUUGACCACCUCCCUGAGGUUCGAUGGAGCCAUUAAUGUUGAUAUAACUGAGUUUCAAACCAAUCUUGUCCCAUAUCCUAGAAUUCAUUUCAUGCUUUCCUCAUAUGCACCUGUCAUUUCUGCUGAGAAAGCAUACCACGAGCAACUUUCAGUUCCUGAAAUCACAAAUGCUGUAUUUGAGCCUUCAAGCAUGAUGGCAAAAUGUGACCCAAGGCAUGGAAAAUACAUGGCUUGUUGUUUAAUGUACCGGGGAGAUGUUGUGCCCAAAGAUGUCAAUGCAGCUGUUGCGACCAUUAAGACCAAGAGAACUGUCCAAUUUGUCGACUGGUGCCCUACUGGUUUUAAGUGUGGUAUCAACUACCAGCCACCUACAGUAGUGCCUGGAGGUGAUCUAGCCAAGGUUCAGCGAGCUGUGUGCAUGAUCAGCAACAACACUGCUGUUGCCGAGGUGUUUUCAAGAAUCGACCAUAAAUUUGACCUCAUGUAUGCUAAGCGAGCCUUUGUCCACUGGUAUGUGGGUGAGGGAAUGGAAGAAGGUGAGUUCUCAGAAGCACGGGAGGACUUGGCUGCCCUCGAGAAGGACUACGAGGAGGUUGGGGCAGAAGGUGCUGAUGAUGAGGAAGAUCCAGAGGAUUUCUAAAUAAUCAUGUUUGCUGUAUGAUAUUAUUGUUUUUGGAUUUUUGUGGUGGUUUGUUUCUUCAGCUCCGAUCAGGUGGGUUUGUGUUGGGUACUUGGAUUGUUUAUGACCUUAAGCCCGUACUGUCAAGAACAAAUUAGUGGCAGCGGCUCUUUGCAGCUCCUCGUGCUUAUUAUGCCGCGUUGCCAAUCUUUUGGUUUUUGUUUAUUUUUGAAGCUAAUAUUUGUCUUCUCAUAA